GUUUUGCACCAUAUAUGUAGAUACCUAAUUCUCUCUAAUCUCCAGUGUGGGAUGAUAUCACCGCAUGCGCAAUAUACCUACGAGUCAUGUGGUUAAACGUUUUAAAGCGAUCCCUAAGGCGCAUGUGAAUUUUGUGAUUAUUUUAUUUGUAGUGAGCGCUUGAAAAUGUAUGCAAUUUUAAUUCAGAUUUUUACUAUACUGUUUCUUUUUAUUCCACAUAAAUGCGAAGAAAAAAACCCCUACUUAGAAGCUCUGAAACGGAAACCAUGGGAAAGUAUUCAGAAAUACGUCGAGGUGCGUCCUGGUGCGUUUCUCUUUUACUGGUUAUACUACGCUGACGGAGUACAAUACGGGUCUGAUCGUAAACCACUAAUCAUAUGGAUUCAGGGUGGACCGGGUCAUGCGGCUUCUGGCAUAGCUAACUUUGCUGAAAUUGGACCGCUUACUAUAGACAUGCAGCCUCGAAACCAUACAUGGGUAAAUGGUCGGAAUGUACUGCUGAUAGAUCAUCCUGUUGAAAGUGGAUUUAGUUAUGCAGUUAAUGAAACACUUCUGGUAAAAACAGAUAAAGAUGCAGCGAAAGAUCUCUUCAGAACAAUAAAGGAGUUCUUUAACACACAUAAAGAGUUUCGUCAAACACCAACAUAUAUAUUUGGUCAAAGCUAUGGUGGCAAGUUGUGCCCUAGACUGGGUUAUUAUUUACACAGGGCAAUCAAAAAAAACAAUUUCAAGAUGAACUUCAAGGGCAUCGGUAUCGGCAGCGGGUGGGUCAGUCCGAAGCUGAGUAGUUUGGCGCAGCCUCAAUUCCUAUACAAUAUGGGUGUAAUCGAUCAGCCCACGUACAGGAAAGCAAUGAAACUGGCUAAAAAUAUAGCCUAUCUAAUCGAUAAAACAGAUUACGCGGCCGCAAGUAAAUUAGAUAAUACAUUAUUUCAAUUAUUGAAUGACGAAGCCGGGAUGGAAAUAAAUUUUAACAAUAUAAAUCAACCGACAGUUUAUGGUGCCCUUACAGAUUUAACAGAGAAAAUUAAUAGAUAUGUGAAACCAACACUUGCAGAGGUUCAUCAAAGUUUAAGCUGGAUUUGGACAUCAGAGGAAGCUUUCCAAAGUUUAAAGGAAAGUUUACUAGUGCCAUCGAAUAAGUUCUUAGAGACACUCCUCAAUAACACAGAACUCAAAAUUUCAGUAUAUAAUGGCAAUUUAGAUGUUGCUACACCGCUUGCAGGUGCUACGAAUUUGGUCCAUGCUCUGAAGUGGCACGGAGCGCAGGAGUUUUCUAGUGCAAAGAGGAUACCAAUACGAGGGUACAAGAACGGAUUUUAUAAGACGGCUGGACAAUUCAGCUUUUGGACGGUAUUUGGAUCUGGACAUUGGGUUCCAGAAGAUAACCCAACUGCAAUGGAACAGAUCCUGGAAUAUCUCAUAGAAGAUACUAAUUUAGUCCAUCCAAGAGAAAUAUAAUCGAGUGAUAAUAAUUAUGUAGCAUAAUAUCAUCAAAUAAACCUGAUUAACAAUUGUAGAACUGGUAAUCAAUUUUUUAAAGUAUUGCUUUACUAAUAAGAGAAAA